AUGUCUCUGAGCAGCGCCUUCGGGGCUGUGGGCCACGACCCUGGGAUCAUCACCUGGAGAAUAGAGAAAAUGGAGCUGGCACUGGUGCCCCUGAGUGCCCACGGCAACUUCUACGAGGGGGACUGCUACGUCAUCCUCUCGACCCGCAGAGCCGGCAGCCGCCUCUCCCAGGACAUCCACUUCUGGAUCGGGCAGGACUCCUCCCAGGACGAGCAGGGCUGCGCCGCCGUCUACACCGCGCAGCUGGACGACUACCUGGGGGGCGGCCCUGUGCAGCACCGCGAGGUCCAGUACUACGAGUCUGACACCUUCCGGGGCUACUUCAAGCAGGGCAUCGUCUACAAGAAAGGGGGUGUGGCCUCAGGGAUGAAGCAUGUGGAGACCAACACCUACGACGUGAAGCGCCUGCUGCAUGUGAGGGGGAAGAGAAACGUCAGCGCCACAGAGGUGGAUGUGAGCUGGGACAGCUUUAACCGAGGUGACGUCUUCCUGCUGGACCUGGGGAAAGUCAUCGUUCAGUGGAACGGCCCGGAGAGCAACAGCGGGGAGCGGCUCAAGGCUAUGCUUCUAGCAAAGGACAUCCGGGACAGGGAGCGCGGGGGCCGCGCUGAGAUCGGCGUGGUCGAGGGGGACAGGGAGGCCGCGAGCCCAGAGCUGAUGAAGGUCCUGCAGGACACCCUGGGCCGACGCUCCAUCCUCAAGGGCGCGGUACCCGACGAGAUCAUAGACCAGCAGCAGAAAUCCAAUACUAUGCUGUACCACGUCUCGGACUCGGGCGGGCAGCUGACGGUCACGGAGGUGGCGACGAGGCCACUGGUCCAGGACUUGCUGAAUCACGAUGACUGCUACAUCCUGGACCAGAGUGGGACCAAGAUCUACGUGUGGAAAGGAAGAGGAGCCACGAAACUCGAGAAACAGUCCGCCAUGUCGAAAGCCCUGAACUUCAUCCAGAUAAAGGGUUACCCGAGAAGCACCAACGUGGAGGCCGUCAGCGACGGCGCCGAGUCGGCCAUGUUCAAGCAGCUGUUCCAGAAGUGGACUGUGAAGGACCAGACCACGGGCCUUGGGAAGACGUUCAACGUUGGUAAAAUCGCUAAAGUUUUCCAGGAUAAAUUUGACGUGACUCAGCUGCACAGCAAGCCGGAGGUGUCUGCCCGGGAAGGGAUGGUGGACGACGGCAGCGGAGAGGUGCAGGUCUGGAGGGUUGAGAACCUGGAGCUGGUCCCCGUGGACCAGCAGUGGCACGGCUUCUUUUACGGGGGAGACUGCUAUUUGAUCCUCUACACGUACGAGAUGAACGGGAAGCCACAUUACAUCCUGUACAUCUGGCAGGGCCGCCACGCCUCACAGGAUGAGCUGGCAGCCUCGGCGUACCAGGCCGUGGAGGUGGACCGGCAGUUCGACGGGGCCCCCAUGCAGGUCCGGGUAGCCAUGGGGAAGGAGCCACGCCACUUCAUGGCUAUCUUCAAAGGGAAGCUGGUUAUCUUUGAGGGUGGGACUUCCAGGAAGGGAGGUGCCGAGCCUGCCCCUCCGGUAAGGCUCUUCCAGAUUCAAGGAAACGACAGCUCGAACACCAAAGCGGUAGAGGUCCCGGCCUUGGCCUCCUCCCUGAACUCCAACGAUGUCUUCCUGCUGCAGACCCAGGCAGAGCACUACCUGUGGUACGGCAAGGGCUCCAGCGGGGAUGAGCGGGCCAUGGCCAGAGAGCUGGCCGGGCUUCUCUGCGGCGGCACGGAAGACACUGUGGCCGAGGGCCAGGAGUCAGCCGAGUUCUGGGACCUGCUGGGAGGGAAAACUCCCUAUGCCAACGACAAAAGACUACAGCAGGAGACCCAGGACGUCCAGCCCCGUCUCUUCGAAUGUUCCAAUAAGACUGGCAGGUUCACUGUCACGGAGAUCACAGACUUCACCCAAGAUGACCUGAAUCCAGGUGAUGUGAUGCUCCUGGAUACCUGGGACCAGGUGUUCCUGUGGCUCGGGGCUGAGGCCAACGCCACAGAGAAGGAGAGCGCCCUCAGGACGGCCCAGGAGUACCUGCACACGCACCCCAGCGGCCGGGACACCGACACCCCGAUCCUGAUCCUUAAGCAAGGGUUCGAGCCUCCCAACUUCACAGGCUGGUUCUUAGCCUGGGAUCCUCACAUCUGGAGCGGAGGAAAAUCAUAUGAACAGUUAAAAGAAGAGCUGGGGGACACUGCUGCUAUCCUGAAAAUCACUGCCGACAUGAGGAGCACAACCCUCUCCCUGAAUUCCAGUAACGCUGAGCCAAAUUAUUACCCUCUAGAAGUUCUACUGAAAAGUCAGAAUGAAGGGCUGCCUGAGGAUGUGAAUCCUGCCAAAAAGGAGAAUUACCUCUCUGAACAGGACUUUGUUUCUGUGUUUGGCAUCACAAGAGGGCAAUUUGCUGUCAUGCCCGGCUGGAGACAGCUCCAGAUGAAGAAAGAAAGGGGGCUUUUCUAAGGCCAGACGGCGCACGCCUACUGUAAAACCACAGCAAAGAGCAAACAGUGCCAAUGAUCGGGAAAG